UGGCAACCAUUACAGAUCGCAGUAGAUGAUUGAACCUUGAGUUAUAAAAAAGCGCUGAAUAUAGUUUUUUACUUAUAGUGUUUUGCCAUGCGAAUUAUUACACGAAUUACUACUCUAUUUAUUGUUUGUGUUUCUCUUAGUCCCGGAUAUACACAAAAUAGUAAUGGCUGCGGGCUAGAAAAAUUCGAGUGCCACGACGGAGAAUGUAUAGCGGGUGAAUUAUUAUGCGACGGAAAAGCAGAUUGUAAAGAUGAAUCUGAUGAGACAGUGAUCGAAUGCACCAAACCAGAGCUUUUAUGUCCUGAUUAUGCCUUUCGGUGCAAAUAUGGUGCAUGUGUAAAUGGUGACGCUGUAUGUAAUGGUGUCAAAGACUGUAUUGAUAAUAGUGAUGAAACGUUGCCCCAAUGCAAAACAGGAAAUAAUGGAACCACAAGACCUUCACGAUGCAGAAGAGAUGAAUUUAUGUGUGACAAUGGAGAAUGCAUUAAUAAUAUUUACGUGUGUGAUGGAAUAUCACAAUGUGCGGAUGGCUCCGACGAAGUGGCUGCGAAAUGUAUGUCGCUUAGUUGUUUACCGACAGCUUUCCGUUGCGCUUAUGGAGCUUGUAUUGACGGCGAUCUACGUUGUAACGGAAAAGUCAAUUGCGUUGAUGGAUCCGACGAGGAUUCACAAUUGUGUAGUGGAGCUGCAUGGCCAUCAGCGUUCCCACCGGGACCGACAUCAACUACUACAGUUUCUCCUGUGACGCCUAUAACAUCUAGUACACCGAAAUCUUGUAAAACACCUUCACAACCACCAAAUGGUCAUUGGAAACUACACCGAUUGCAGUGUGAUCGGAAUGAUCAGGAUUGUAAUAUACCAGAAGGAGUAGAAUUACCAGUAGGAUCUCAACUUGUCUACUCUUGUAAUUCGGGCUAUAAAAUAAGGGGUACUACCGACGUGGGUUGCAGUUUUGAAGGAAAAUGGCUCAAUAUACCAGUUUGUAUAGAAAUACGCUGCGAAGCUUUAAGCACGGCAUCGACCGAGGCUUUAUGUACGUAUAACAACGAUUGGGCGUCGUGUGAGUCUUCAGUUUUGCCAGGUACAACAGCGACCUUGUCUUGCCGAAACAGUUAUCAGCGUGAGACAAAAUUUUCGAGCCGGAGAGAUCAAGUGAGAUGUGACACGGACGGUAAAUGGGUACCGGAUCCUAUACGAUGCAUUCCAGUAUGCGGUACACUGCCUCCUAGACUCAAACCGCUCAUUUAUAACGGCACGAAGCCCAAUAUCACAGAAUUCCCAUGGCACGCUUCUUUGUACUUUGAAUCUGCAAGUGGGAUCAAGAAAUUCUUUUGCGGUGCUUCUAUCAUUCAAGAUAAUCUUCUGAUAACGGCAGCACAUUGUAUAUUCAAUGAGAACACUAAGAAAAUUAUAGAAAAUCCCGAAAAGAUAUUCGUACUAACGGGUAAUAUUCUUCGUGACUACGACUCUUCCUGGCACGAUGAGAGAAUUGUUCGAAAGGGACAGGUGAACAAAAUUUACAUCAUAUGCAGUUACUUAGGACUUAUAGGAAAUUAUAUAUGGGAUAUCGCGAUAUUAGAGCUUGUCAAGCCAUUCGUAUUAUCCACCUUGUUGGUACCCAUAUGCAUAGAUCCUUUUACAUAUGGCGAUCAAGUUGUAUUGGAACCGGGCUCUUACGGAAAGGUGGCAGGGUUUGGCAGGACUGCGGCGGGUGAACCCAGUGAAAUAUUACAAGCUCUAAGCGUGCCGUAUGUCCCAUACAGCGAAUGCAAGUCCGCGAGUCAAGACAACGAGAAACAAAAAUAUAUUACUAUUGAUAAGUUUUGCGCAGGCUACACAAAUGGUUCUUCUGUUUGUGAUGGUGAUAGUGGUGGAGGACUAGCAUUUGAGACCGGAGGCCUGUGGUAUCUGCGAGGCAUAGUUAGCGUUUCUCUCGGUACAAUAGAACAUGGUGGAAGUUCUCAUUGUGACAAUAAUUUGUAUUCCUUAUACACACGAAUCUCCAGCCAUAUUACAUGGAUAUUAGAUGUAGUUGACAGAAUAGGGCAUAAGAGACCAUAUCCAUCAUGUCCGGAUAAACCUUGAAUAUUGUAAAUGUUUUACAUUAUAUUGUUUUUAUCUUUCCAAUAUAAGACCAUUUAUUAUUUUUGUAAUUCAUAUUACUUGCAUACACAUUAAUACAAUCACUGAAUUAAAAAUAAAGAGUUAAAU